AUGCAAAAUAUAUAUUUCGCUUUCUUUUUUCUUUCUUUACGUCUUUCUUUUCCUUCUUUCUUUCUUUUCUUUCUUUCUUUCUUUCUUUUUAUAGCUGUCUUUCUUUCAUUUUCGUUUUUUCUAUCAGUUGUCUACAGUUUUUCCUUUUCUUUUAUAUGCAUCCUUUAUCACUUCUCCCUCCAUCUCCUCUUUCAUUCCUUUCACCCUUUUCACUAUAUAUUUUCUCUUUUCUUUCUUUUUGUUAUUCUUUCCUUCUCUCCUUCCUUUUUAUUGGCUUCCCCCCUUCUCCCGUUCUCAGCUUCUUUUUCUAUUUUCGUCCGUCUUUUCACUUUUCACCUUCCCGCUGAUUCAGCGAAAAUUUUUUCCACUACAAAUACCAUUACAGAGAUAACGUGGUCACGAUUCUGUUGGCAUUCCUUUCGGCGAUUAACGCUAUCUAUUAGUGCCGGCCCUGGGCUUAUUUCUUUUCUCCCAAAACAUAUGCAAUAUGUUUCUUUCUUUUUUAACGUUCUACCCCCUUGUCUCUUGUGCCUUUCUCUAUCUAAAUUAUGUUUUCUUUCUUUUGUCUACCCUUUAUUACUUAUCUCAAUAGUACGAUUCUUCUUCUUCUUCUUCUUCUUCUUCUUCUUCUUCUUCUUCUUCAUCUUCAUCUUUUUCUUUUUCUUCUUCAUCUUCUUCAUCGUCGUCUUUUUCUUCCUCUUCUUCAUCAUCUUCUUUUUUCAUUAUCUUCUUCUUCUUCUUCUUCUUCUUCUUCUUCUUCUUCUCUGUGCCUCGGUUAAUUAUUUUCUCUUUCUUUCUUUUUUCCUGUCUUUUUUCUUUCUUUUUUUCUUUUCGCUUUUUACUUUCCUUUUUCUUCUAUUGUUUUUUUUUUUACUUUCGAUUCUUUGGUUCUCUCUUUCUUUCUUUUUUUUUCUAUUUCUUUCUUUUACUCAGUUAAUUAUUCUUUUUCUUUCUUUUUUUUUUUCAAUGUCCUUUCUUUUUUCUUUCGCUUUUUCUUUCAUUUUUUUCUUUUUCUUUGCUUCUUUUUCUUUUAAUUUUAUUUUCGAUUCUUUUAAUUUCUCUUUCUUUCUUUUUUUUUCUAUUUCUUUCUUUUACUCAGUUAAUUAUUCUUUUUCUUUCUUUUUUUUUUUCAAUGUCCUUUCUUUUUUCUUUCGCUUUUUCUUUCAUUUUUUCUUUUUCUUUGCUUCUUUUUCUUUUAAUUUUAUUUUCGAUUCUUUUAAUUUCUCUUUCUUUCUUUUUUUUUCUAUUUCUUUCUUUUACUCAGUUAAUUAUUCUUUUUCUUUCUUUUUUUUUUUCAAUGUCCUUUCUUUUUUCUUUCGCUUUUUCUUUCAUUUUUUUCUUUUUCUUUGCUUCUUUUUCUUUUAA